GUUUUCCAAAAAACCAAUAUAUUCACCCAUCUCCGAACAAUUCUCCACAAUCUAAUAUUCGGCCAUGGAUUCUUUGUCUCUCGUCUCUCUUUUAACCCUCUGCUUAUUUUGCUGCUGUUCCUUGAUUCAAGCUCAGCAACCUUAUGUCGGAAAAAAGACAACAGAUUGUCGAAAUCCAGACACUUCAGAUUCUGUUCUUGGGUACACCUGUAAUGGCGUAAACAGGAGUUGCCAAAGUUACCUGGUUUUCAGAUCCCAACCCUUGUUUAACAACGUUACAUCAAUCUCGAAUCUCUUAUCUUCUGAUCCAUCUCAAAUCGCCGCCAUAAAUGAAGUUUCUGAGACAGCAACAUUCCAAACAAACCAGAUGGUUAUAGUUCCAGUCAACUGUUCAUGUUCUGGUGACCGUUAUCAGAGGAACACAAGUUACAUAAUUCAGAGUGGAGAUGGGUAUUUUUUAAUUGCAAAUAGCACUUUCCAAGCUCUUUCAACUUGUCAAGCUAUACAAAACCAACAGCCUGUGAUUCCAUCUGAAAGUUUGACCCCUGGAAUGAGAAUUACAGUUCCUGUUAGAUGUGCUUGUCCCACAAGGAAUCAAACAGAUGUUGGAAUUAAUUAUUUGUUGAGUUAUCCAGUUGAUGAAGGUGAGACUGUUUCAAGUAUUAGUGCAUUGUUUGGGGCGGAUCCUGAGAGGACUCUUGAAGCUAAUCAGCUUCCUGAUCCCAGUUCCACCAUUUUUUUCGAGACUUCACUUUUGGUUCCUCUCCAGGAUCCUCCGUCUAGAAUCACAGUGCCUUCUACACCUCCACCGCCACCACCGUCACCAUCACCACCAAAUUCCCCCCCGAGUGGAAGCUCAGACAGAACAUGGAUUUAUAUACUUGCUGGUGUUCUUGGGGGAGUUGGUCUCAUAUUGGUUGUUUGCAUGGUGAUUUUCUGUAUGUUCUUCCGCAAAACAAAGAAGAAAACCGACCCGAUCAUUAGCUCGGAAAGCUUUGAGGCUUGUGAAAAACCAUUGGAGAAAAGCUUGGAGGAUGGAUCUCAGGCCUUCUUGGAUAGUAUGUCAAGUAUAGCUCAAUCAAUCAAUCUCAAAGUAUACAAAUUCAAAGAAUUGCAGGUUGCGACAGAUAACUUCAGCACCAGCAAUCAUAUCAAAGGAUCGGUUUACCGCGGUGUAAUCAAUGGUGAUUUUGCAGCCAUCAAGAAAGUUCAUGGAGAUGUCUCAAAGGAGAUACAACUGUUAAACAAAGUCUACCAUUCGAAUCUUAUUCGCCUUUCCGGGGUUUGUAUCAAUGACGGGAACUGGUACUUGGUUUAUGAGUAUGCUGCCAACGGCACAUUGAGCGACUGGAUCUUUAACAGAGACGACAGUGGGAAAUACUUAAGCUGGAAAGACCGAAUUCGGAUUGCAUUAGAUGUAGCAACAGGACUUAACUACCUGCAUAGCUUCACCCAUCCUCCUCAUGUCCACAAGGACCUAAAAACCAGCAAUGUUCUUCUUGAUGGUGAUUUCAGGGCUAAGAUUACCAACUUUGCUAUGGCGAGAUCAACCAAAGGGCGAGAAGGCGAAUUUGCAUUGACAAGGCACAUUGUUGGAACAAAGGGUUAUAUGGCUCCCGAGUAUUUGGAAAAUGGUUUAAUCACCACAAAGCUUGAUGUUUAUGGAUUUGGGGUUCUCUUGGUCGAAGUAAUAACGGGAAAAGAGGCGACCGCAUUUUAUAGCGAUGAACAUAAGAACUUAUCAGACAGAUUGAGCAAUGUUGUUGAGAAUGGAAAGGAGGGUUUGAAGCACUUGAUUGAACCCUCUAUGCUAGAGAACUAUCCUGCAGAACUUGCCGUGGUUGUUGUCCAAUUGAUAAAUAGUUGCUUGAAGCAGAAUCCAACAGCUAGGCCUGCUAUGGAUGAAAUCGUGCAGUCGUUGUCCAGAAUUCUGACUAGUUCAUCGACAUGGGAUUUGUCAAGCAACAUGUCAUGGUCUCAAACAUCUACUCGGAGCUCUUGAUGACACUGACUGAAAUGGAAUAUCAUGUUAGUUUUAGUGAGUUUUCUAGCUUUUAUUUAUUCAUCAAAUGUUUGCAAGUUUUUUCAUGCAUAUUACCAAAACUCUGUUGGACCUCUUAAUCAUACGACUUUCUAUAUCCUCGUACACUCAAUCUCCAUGUUAACCAUCAGUUUCCGCUUUUUGUAUUUGCUCCUAAAUAAAUUUUUUUAUGUGUUCUUUUUU